CCCACAGCCGGCCCUAUGGAGAUCCCGCCGUCCCAUUACCCGGCCACCAGAGCCGCCGGGGUGGUGGAGAACUACAUCAACUACCAGCACGGCAGCCCCAACAAGAUCUUCGCCGUGCGGGAAGUGCGCCAAGCCAGCCGAGAGGACAUUCCAGGUGUUGGACAUAAAUACCGUCUGAAGUUUACAAUGGAAGAAACCCUGCAGAAAGGCAGUCCUGUGAAUUGCACAGCUGAGAUUCUUUAUCAUCAUGGUGACCCACAUGUUGCUCCGGAAGUGCAUUAUACAGUGGAAGGGGAGUUUGGGACAAAUACAGAGCAAGCCGAUAACAAAUUUUACAACAGAAUCAAGAAUCUGCCAGAACCGUUAGAGGCACAAAAUAUUCCAGACAGUUAUGGAAAUGUUUCUGCAGAAAUGGAGCCUAUUCAGCACUUAGCCUGGGUUGCCUGUGGUUACGUAGUAUGGCAGAAUUCAACAGAAGACACCUGGUACAAAAUGGCACAAAUUCAAAGUGUCAAGCAAGUGAAAAGAAAUGAUGAUUAUCUUGAAUUUUCCUAUGUGAUUUUAAUCCAUGAUAUUGUCUCCCAGGAAAUUAUUCCUUGGCAUAUGCAAGUUCUAUGGAAUCCACAGCAUGGAGUGAAAGUAACACGGAAUAGCCGCCAGCCAAAACGUGCAGCACAGGAAUAGCUGCACACCUUCAGCUCAACUCUUAAAUAGCCCUUUAAAGCAACUGUAUACAGCUAGAACAACGGCUAAGCAGGACCAGAAACUCCUUCAAUUCCAUGUAUAUUAUGAACACCAAAGCAAAUGG